AUGGGAGCCGCUCUCGUUCAUGACCAGUCCGACUCAACCACUUUGAUUAACGAAGAUUCCACUCGCAUUGAUGUCUACUUGCCCCAAACCCUGGACUCCUGGCCGUGGCCGCGUCGCGUCAACCCGCACUAUGCUAGCGUCAAGCAGCAAGCUUCGUUGUGGUGUGAAUCUUUCCAGCCUUUCAGUCCCAAAGCACAGAAUGCGUUCAACAAGUGCGACUUUGCCGGAUAUCGUGUCUGCUGCGACAUGAUGAAUCUUUUCUUCUGCAUUGACGAGAUAACGGAUUUAUCAACCGCAGACGUGGUAAGAUCGCAAGUCGACAUCGUCAUGGAUGCAAUUCGGCACCCACAUAGACCGAGACCUUCUGGCGAGUGGGUCAUCGGGGAAAUGGCACGCCAGUUUUGGGCGAACGCUGCACUCAUUGCUAGUCCAACAGCCCAAGCUCGUUUCAUUGACAGUUGUCAGACCUAUCUCGACGCACUAGUUCAACAAGCCGAAGACAGGGAGAAGGGACAUAUUAGACUUGUGGAAGACUAUUUCACAGUACGACGGGGCUCCAUAGGAGCUGCACCUUCAAUUACCAUCGGCGCAUUGUAUUUGAACAUACCGCAAGAAGCCUUCGACCACCCCGUUAUCUCGAAGCUGACGGAAAUAUGUGUUGACAUGAUCAUCAUAGGCAACGACAUUUGCUCCUACAAAGUAGAAUGGGAGCGUGGGGAUGAAGGCCAUAACCUUGUCACAGUGAUUAUGCAGCAAUUCCGGACGGAUGUCCAACACGCGAUGCAUCAUAUAGCGAAUUUGCACGACCGUCUAUUCAACCGAUUUCUCGAGCAUUGGCGCCGUAUUCCAUUAUUUGGCGGGCCAGUAGACUCAGAGAUACGAACAUACUGCAACAUGUUGGCAAAUUGGGUUCGCGCAAAUGACAGCUGGAGUUUCGAGGUGUGGUCCAUUCCCUCUCCAUUAACAUAG